AUGAAGCUCGCCAACCAAGACGCCGCAAACGACGACAAUAGCAAAAACCUCCCUACAUGUACACUUCCGCUGCCUCACCCGGACGGCGGCUUCCGCGCCUGGGCCCAGGUCGCCGUCGCCCACCUCGGCUCCUUCAAUGGCUGGGGGUACAUGACCUCGUUCGGCCUCUUCCAGUCGUACUACACCGACACCCUCCUUUCUGGCACCGCUUCAUCGUCGAUAAGCUGGAUCGGCUCGCUUCAGAUCUUCCUCGCCUUUGCCAUCGGCAGCGUGUCUGGCCGCGCGCUGGACAUGGGCUACCUCCGGCCGGCUGUCGUCGCGGGCAGCACCUUGCAGAUCCUGGCCAUCAUGACGGCGUCAGUGUCGAGCACGUAUUGGCAGUUGUUGUUGACACAGGGGCUGUGCAAGGGGCUGGGGGACGGGCUGGUCUUUUGUCCUACGGUCGCCAACGUGCCCACGUAUUUCUCUAAGCGGCGGGCUGUGGCCAUGGCGAUCGCGGCAAGCGGGACCUCGACGGGAGGCGUCGUAUUCCCGCUGAUUGCGCAGCAGCUCAUGCCACGGAUCGGGUACGGCUGGACGGUCAGGGUCAUGGGGUUUAUUGUGCUGUUCAACGCGGCGGUCAUGCUGGCGCUGGUGAAGCCACGGUUCACACCCCUGGAGAGGAAGAAGAAUAACAGCAACGUGACGUUUGCCGGGUUCUUUGAGUGGUCCGCCUUCCGCGAGCCGCCGUACACGCUUUUCUGCGCGGGCAUGUUUGCUGUGUGGCUUGCUCUGUACUUUGCGUUUUACUAUGUCAGCAAGUACGGCAAGGACUACAUCGCCGUGGACACAUCAACAUCUCUCACACUGCUCCUCGCCAUGAACGCCAUCGGCGCGCUGAGCAGAGUGAUCUUCGGCUUCAUCGCAGACAAGUUCCUCGGGCUUCUACACACACUGAUCCUCGCGGUCCUCUGCACGAGCGUCAUGUUCUACAGCUGGAUCGCCGUGCGCGACCUGCCUGGCUUAUUCGUGUUCAGCUGCCUGUACGGAUCCUUCGCAGCCGCGGUCCAGGCCUUAUUCCCCGCGAGCUGCGCGAGUCUGACCAAGGACGUGGGCAAGAUGGGCGCCAGGACGGGCAUGGCGUUCGCGGUGGUCUCGAUCGCGAAGCUGACGGGCCCGCCGCUGGGAGGGGCUCUUGUGCAGGCCAUGGAGGCGCUUGGCGGGGGAUAUCUAUAUGCGCAGGUCUUUGGGGGCAGUGUGCUCGCUAUUGGGGCUGGCCUGUUGGUGAUGUCGAGUUGGUACCGUCAGAAGGGGGAGAGGAGGCGAAGCAGAGGCAGGGUUCAACGUGAAUGUCCGCCACCUAACCUAACUUGA